AGGCCAUCAUUAUUGUGUAAUGAUAAAGUAAUCAGAAAGAAGUGAAUCAUUCUUAUUGUAAACAGGAUUAAUGCACAGGCUGUAGUCUCCAGCAAUGUCCCAGUUAUUUAACAUCUGCAGAGCAGUGCUUCCUCGUACUAAAACUUCUUCAAAGAGUAAUGCGGGCAGAUUACAUACACCUUAGUCCAAGGCUGCCUUUGUGAUGGCAGAUUUGGUCAAACAUAAUGGCACAUGGUAGCAGCAAAAAUUGUUUUGAUCAAUCUGAUGGCUUCCUGAAGAUCUGCAAAUGUGAGUUCAUUUUAUUUUCUAGACAGAAAAUUGCAGUUGUGGCAAAACGUUGUGGCAAUGCUUGUUUCAUUGCCGCCGUACAGCACCACCAUACUUUGCAUUCCUUAACACUGGGCUGCUCGGCACAGUCACUGAGAGCUGUGGUGGCCUCGAGCUGACAGCUCCUCCUGCUUUCAGUAGCAGUAAUGCUUGUAGAGUAGCCACGUUUUACAUUUUCAACGUUUUACUCCCUUUCACAGUAGGUAAGGGAGUGGAAAAAAUUAAGUUGAUGAAAGAAAAAAAUCCCAACGCGUCUGUUUUAUCUUGUUGCUGUGUGAGGUCGACCCCUCUGAGAGGCAGUUCCAUGCCUCAUAGUUAUGGUGGCUCAAGUUAAAGUGUUUCUUCUGCCUGUGUCCCAGAAGAAAAAAGUUUUUAAAGGUUUUAAAGGUUUUAAAGGGUCUUUCUUCUCAGCUGUCUAUUUUUACAGGCAGAACCUCCGUCAUCUCCAAGACCUCUGUCACACUUAGCUGCCACAGCCAAUAGCUAAUGAAGUUUUGGUAGAAAAUUCGGUUUUGAGAGGAAAAACGGCUAGGUUUAAGAGCUCUGCAGAUACAGAGUCUAAAUCUUUCUACACAAAACACUGCUGAGCCGGAGAAGGCUUCUUCCAGCCCCCUAUGACACACUGCCCAGCCUGACACAAUCGCCUACUCCUAUCACCCGCCUACCCUACAGCCGACUGAGGGAAGGCGCCGCUGCGCGGGCGGAGCUAUCGGGGGGCCUUGGCCCCGCCCGCGGGCUGCCCUGCCGAGCGCCUGUCGGGCCGCGCGCCUGCCGUCAGGGCAGCGGCGGAGGCGGCGUCGCGUGAGGCCCCUGCGACGGCGCCAUUUUGAAGCGGCGGUGGCGGCCCCGGUCCGUUCCCUGUCUCCUCCCGGUCCCCUCCCGGUCCCCUCUCGGUCCCUUCUCAGUCCCCUCCCGGCUCCGUUUCUCCUUGCCGUGCCCUCCCGCCGCCGUCAUGAGCGUGGUGGAGCACGUCCGGGAGAUGGCCUCCGCCGGGCUCCACUCGAACGUGCGGCUCCUCAGCGGGCUUCUCCUGACGAUGAGCGGCAACAACCCGGAACUGUUUUCACCAUCUCAGAAAUACCAACUCCUCGUAUAUCACGCGGAUUCUCUUUUCCAUGAUAAGGAAUAUAGAAAUGCUGUCAGUAAGUACACAAUGGCCUUGCAGCAGAAAAAGGCUUUAAGUAAAACUUCAAAAGUAAGACCUUCUACUGGGAAUGCUGCAUCAACCCCCCAAAGCCAGUGUUUACCGUCUGAAAUUGAAGUGAAAUAUAAAAUGGCCGAAUGCUAUACAAUGCUGAAGCAAGAUAAAGAUGCCAUUGCUAUUCUGGAUGGGAUUCCUUCCAGACAGAGAACCCCAAAGAUCAACAUGAUGCUGGCAAAUCUGUACAAGAAAGCGGGUCAAGAACGCUCAUCCGUUACAAGCUACAAAGAAGUACUGAGACAGUGCCCAUUAGCACUUGAUGCCAUACUAGGUUUGCUCUCGCUGUCGGUGAAAGGUGCAGAAGUGGCCUCUAUGACGAUGAAUGUAAUUCAGAGUAUUCCUAACUUGGACUGGCUUUCAGUGUGGAUCAAGGCAUAUGCUUUUGUGCAUACUGGAGAUAACACGAGAGCAAUCAAUACCAUUUGCUCUUUAGAGAAAAAGUCAUUGCUGAGGGAUAAUGUAGAUUUACUGGGGAGCUUAGCAGACCUGUAUUUCAGAGCUGGAGAUAAUAAAAACUCUAUUCUAAAAUUUGAACAAGCACAAAUGCUGGAUCCUUACCUAAUAAAAGGAAUGGAUGUAUAUGGUUAUUUAUUGGCACGGGAAGGUCGACUGGAGGAUGUGGAAAACUUGGGCUGCCGUCUCUUCAAUAUUUCUGAUCAACAUGCAGAGCCCUGGGUGGUGUCUGGGUGUCAUAGUUUCUAUAGUAAACGAUACUCCCGUGCCUUAUAUUUAGGAGCCAAAGCUAUCCAGCUUAAUAGUAAUAGCGUUCAAGCAUUGUUGCUGAAAGGAGCUGCUCUUAGGAACAUGGGCCGGGUACAGGAAGCAAUUAUACACUUCCGUGAAGCGAUACGUCUUGCGCCUUGCAGGCUGGAUUGCUAUGAAGGUCUCAUCGAAUGUUACCUAGCAUCUAACAGUAUCCGAGAAGCUAUGGUUAUGGCAAAUAAUGUAUAUAAAACUCUGGGAGCAAACGCACAGACCCUCACUCUGUUAGCAACAGUCUGUCUUGAAGACCCAGUCACACAGGAAAAAGCAAAAACAUUAUUGGACAAAGCGCUGACACAAAGACCUGAUUACAUUAAAGCUGUGGUAAAGAAAGCAGAACUUCUUAGUAGAGAACAAAAGUAUGAAGAUGGAAUUGCUUUGCUGAGGAACGCACUGGCUAAUCAGAGUGACUGUGUUCUGCAUCGAAUACUCGGAGACUUUCUUGUAGCUGUCAACGAAUACCAGGAAGCAAUGGACCAGUACAGUAUUGCCCUAAGUUUGGAUCCAAACGAUCAGAAGUCACUAGAAGGAAUGCAGAAAAUGGAAAAAGAGGAGAGUCCAACAGAUGCAACCCAGGAAGAAGAUGUGGACGAUAUGGAGGGAAGUGGAGAAGAGGGGGACUUGGAAGGCAGUGAUAGUGAAGCAGCCCAGUGGGCAGAUCAAGAACAGUGGUUUGGCAUGCAGUGAUGGCCUCUCUUCCUGAGGCUUGUUUUGGCACAUGAACAUACCACUGGGGCCAUUCUUCUUUGAAGAACUUCAGCUGUGAUUUUUGCAGUAACAAAGACUUUUUUUUUAAUAUAGACUCUGAAACCAUUUAAUAGUUCUAUGCAUCUCAAUGCCAUGAAGAUUCUUGAUGCUUCUUAUUUAUUAAGUAUAAGGGAUUAACUGUACUGGAGGUUAUUUGCAACUUUACUUUCAAAAAAAAUCCCUGUUAAAACUAAAAGCAUUAGAAUCUAAAGUGCAUAAUAAGCCUAUUGUUUAUGAUGGGAACUGUCUAAAUUGUGUUCAGGGCUAAGUGUGCUUGAUUGAUUUGUAAAUACAGCGGUUUGUAUUCCUUUGUGAAAAAGGUUUGUAUGCUACCUUUUGGGCUCACACUCCUGUUGAAGUCUGGAGGAGUUGCUUCCGUGUGGCUGAAAGCAGCACUUUUCUCUUGCUGUGUUUGUUGAAUUAAUUUGUCUUUUUAUAAGGCAUGUCUUUUUAUCUCCUGUGUGCUGUAAAGGAGAAGUUUGAUACGCCAUGCCGCUUUGACUUAGAGGACAUUUUUGUAGUUGACUGAUUUUUGUGUGUACAGAAUUGUACCAGUGUUGGAGAAUUACAGCAGUUUGCCCAGUCCUUAACUCAACCCUAUAAUCACAUAAAGUCUGUACAUUAAAAUU